AUGCUUUCUUUUCAGGAUAAUCUACCUAAUUUAAAAUGUUUUUCAUUAACAUGUGACAAGAUUACUUCACAAUAUGACACUACAGUUUUGCCUCUUCUUCGUCGAAUGUCACAUCUCGAAGAAUUAACUUUAUUUUUGCAUAUUUUGGGUGGAUCCACAUUUAUCUCUGGUACUCAUCUUGCUAAUGAAAUUCUUAUUCAUAUGCGACAACUUCAUACAUUCAUAUUUUAUAUCGAUUCUCUAAACGGGAUUGUUGAUCCAGCUGUUCGUAUUUCUGCUGAUGAUAUUGAACGAACUUUCACAAAUGUAAAAUAUGGACAAGUGGCUUGUAUGGUGGAUUAUUUUGGCUCUAACGAUAUGAUAUAUCGCGUCUUUUCACUUCCAACUAAAUUUAAUCGUCUCGAACGCAUCACAAAUAAUAUCCCAAAUAUUGUAUUUAAUUCUGUUACUCAUUUGAAAUUACAGGAUGAACAUCCAUUCAAACAUGAAUUUUUUGUUCGACUUGCUCGAGCUUUUCCAUUUCUUAAAAUUUUAUCUAUUUCAAACCUUCGAUCGCCAUUUUGGCGUUUUGACGAAAUUUAUCUUCGCGAUAAAGACUUGUGCUCAAUUAUUGAAUACUCACAUCUUAUUUUUCUUGACGUGAAAAAUGCAAAUCCUUAUUAUAUUGAACAUUUUCUUAAUGAAACAAAAACACAUCUACCAUGUUUGACAAAAUUAACAGUUCUUUAUGAGGAUUUGAAACAGGUGACAGAAAAUUUUACAAGAGAGGAAAUGCGACGCAAUUGUGGUGGAGUAAAACAAUUAUUUGUUGAACGUUCGAUAGUUUGUCCAGAAUAUAUUUAUCGUUAUUUUCCUUUAUUGUCAGUUUAA